GAAGAAGCCGUUGUAGCAUCCUACUACGUUUCUAACUCUUUUAAAAGAUAAGAAGAAAGGCAUUUGAAAAAUUUUGAAGUUCCAACUUCCGAUAAUCUCGUGAAGAAAUUCAACUAGUAUUUAUUUUUACCAUCCGCAGCCAACUCUCGCUCUAUUUUCCUGAGGAUUGUAGAACAUUCAGAACGGCAGGAGAGAUUUGCAUCCAUCCAUUCUACGCUGCAGCUGCUUCAGGAGGCAAAUUCAGUGUGUUUUCAUGAGGAUCAUUCGCAAACAGCUUGUGCCCAAUGGGCCUGGUAGCGUUAAGCUGCUACCAGUUGAUCCAGAUGAUCUAUGGUUUGCUUAUAAUUUAGUUGCUCCCGGGGACAACGUUAUGAGUUUAACUGUCAGGAAAAUUCUAAGAGAGGAUGCUUCUGGGGAAAGAGAUCCAGUACGUGUGAAGCUGAAGCUGGAAAUUAAUGUGGAGGCUGUGGAUUAUGAAAAAGAAGGUUUUGUCUUGCGUGUACGUGGAAAGAAUGUCUUAGAGAAUCAUCACGUAAAGUUGGGGGCCUUCCAUACUAUAGAAAUUGAGUUACAUCGACCAUUUGUGCUAAGAAAGGAUGUUUGGGAUUCAAUGGCACUAGAAGUACUCAAGCAGGCCUCUGAUCCGGCUGCAAGCGCUGAUCUUGCUGUGGUUUUAAUGCAAGAAGGCUUAGCACAUGUUUUGCUAAUUGGUAAAAGUGUGACGAAUGUUCAUUCGCGAAUUGAAACUUCAAUACCUCGCAAGCAUGGUCCUGCUAUUGCUGGUUAUGAGUCAGCUUUGAAUAAGUUCUUUGAGAAUGUUCUACAGGCUUUCCUGAAACAUGUUGACUUCGAUGCUGUGCAGUGUGUUGUGAUCGCCAGUCCUGGUUUCACAAAGGAUCAGUUUCAUCGUCACUUAUUGUUAGAGGCAGAAAGAAAACCGUUGAGAACAAUUCUUGAGAACAAGUCAAAGAUAAUUCUUGCGCAUACAACGUCAGGAUAUAAGCAUAGUUUGAAAGAGGUUUUGGAUGCCCCAUUUGUCAUGAAAAUGAUAAAAGAUACAAAAGCAGCGAAGGAGGUCCGGGCUUUGAAGGAUUUCUUCAACAUGCUAUCAAAUGAUCCAGCCCGAGCAUGCUAUGGACCGAAGCAUGUUGAGGUAGCCCAUGAACGAUUGGCUGUCCAAACGCUACUUAUCACUGAUGAUCUCUUCAGGAGUUCUGAUAUAGCAACAAGGCGAGAAUACAUAAAUUUGGUCAAGUCGGUCAAGGAUUCAGGGGGUACUGCCCACAUAUUUUCAUCCAUGCAUGUGUCAGGAGAACAACUGGCGCAGCUUACUGGGAUUGCAGCAAUUCUUCGUUUUCCUCUACCAGAUUUGGAGGACAUGGAGAUGUAAUGAAGCACUUCCAACGAACAAGAGAGGAUCAGUCAUUAGUUAGCAUUUUGUAUAUUUAUUUUUGUGGAUUAAUAGCGUAUAAUAUAAGGAGGAUCAAUCAUUAGGGAGUUGUGUUGGAUCAAUUAUUAUAAGUGGUGUUGAUCACAUUUUUCCCAAUUUGUGUAUUCUUAUUUAUUUUCCGCAGGCCAGUUGAUAAUUAUAGUGUUAUAUUCAUUGCAUAGGAUAAAGAGAUUCGUCUCCCAAUGCUUUAUGUGCAUACAGUCGCUUCCAUCCA